AUGGAGUUCAGAAUCAUUUCCAGGGAGCUAGUGAAACCAUCUUCCCCUGAAAUCAUACAGACGAAGCCUCCACACAGGCUCUGCCUCUUCGACCAGCUCACUCCCUUGACCUUCGUUCACGUCAUUCUCUUCUACGCUAAUCCCGACCACAGUAACUCCGUUCUCGCUGGCGGAGACUCUCGACAUUUACUACCCUUUCUCCGGCCGGACAAAUCCAGGCAGCUUGUUCGUCGACAGCUUCCACGUCGGCCUCCCUUUCACUCUAGCCCAAGCGGUGGAUUGCCGCCUCUCCCAGUUCUUGAAACGCAAGGAAACAGAGCUACUACAACAAGGACCACCAUGUUGUGA